AUGACUGGCAUGAUCGCGGACAGCAAGUCUCAGGUCCAGAGAGCCAGAUAUGAAGCUGCUCAGUUCAAGUAUAAAUAUGGAUAUGAAAUGCCCAUUGAUACAAUGUGUAGGAGAGGGUGUUCAAUGGUCUUGAUUGGCUACGACGAUGAGCUAGGACCAUGUGUUCUACAAGGCAGACCUGCAGGCUACUAUUGUGGCUACAGAGCAGUGAGUGUAGGUGCGAAACAGACUGAGGCUAACAGCUAUCUAGAGAAAAAAUUGAAGAAAAAGCAGGAUCUUCAACAUGAUGAUGUUAUCCAACUUGCUAUCAGCUGUUUAUCUAGUGUACUAUCAGUUGAUUUCAAACCAACAGAGAUUGAAGUAGGUGUUGUUUCUGCAGAUAAUCAUAAGUUCAGGAAACUGACUGAGCAAGAGAUUGACAGACACCUGACUGCAAUUGCUGAAAAGGAUUAG